GGCUCCGCCCCCCUGGAAGCGGCUCGGGUUCUGAUUGGGUAAGAUCGUACCACGUGACCAGGGGCGUCAGGACAUGGACGACUCGGAACCCGAUCGGAAGAGGCUCCGCGAGGAGGAGGAUGUCCAGCGGCAGCCAUCGGGGGACCCGUCUGAGGAUGAAGACUACGUCCCCUAUGUCCCGGUCAAGCAGAGGAAGCAGCAAAUGCUGCAGAAGCUGCUGCAGAUGCGUCGGAAAGGGACGGCCGAGGAGGAGCAGAAAGACAGCGGCAGCGAGCACCGAGGGGAUGAGGAUGACAUCCCGCUGGGCCCCCAGUCCAACGUGAGCCUCCUGGACCAGCACCAGCACCUGAAGGAGAAGGCGGAAGCUCGGAAGGAGUCUGCAAAGGAGAAACAGCUUAAGGAGGAAGAGAAGAUUCUGGAGAGUGUGGCCGAAGGGCGAGCGCUGAUGUCCGUCAAGGAAAUGGCAAAGGGAAUCACUUAUGAUGACCCCAUCAAAACCAGCUGGAAACCCCCUCGCUCCGUCCUGAGCAUGUCCGAAGCCCGCCACGACCGGGUGCGCAAGAAGUACCACAUCCUGGUGGAGGGGGAGGGUAUCCCACCGCCCAUCAAGAGCUUCCGGGAGAUGAAGUUUCCCGCAGCUGUCCUGAGAGGCCUGAAGAAGAAGGGCAUCCAUCACCCCACCCCAAUCCAGAUCCAAGGCAUCCCCACCAUCCUCUCCGGCCGGGACAUGAUCGGCAUCGCCUUCACCGGCUCCGGCAAGACGCUGGUGUUCACCCUGCCCGUCAUCAUGUUCUGCCUGGAGCAGGAGAAGAGGCUGCCGUUCUCCAAGCGGGAGGGGCCCUACGGACUCAUCAUCUGCCCCUCGCGGGAGCUGGCACGCCAGACCCAUGGCAUCCUGGAGUACUACUGCCGCCUGCUGCAGGAGGAGAACUCCCCGCCCCUGCGAUGUGCCCUCUGUAUCGGGGGGAUGUCGGUCAAGGAGCAGAUGGAGACCAUCCGGCACGGCGUGCACAUGAUGGUGGCCACCCCGGGCCGGCUCAUGGACCUGCUGCAGAAGAAGAUGGUCAGCCUGGACAUCUGCCGCUACCUGGCUCUGGACGAAGCCGACCGGAUGAUCGACAUGGGGUUCGAGGGCGACAUCCGUACCAUCUUCUCCUACUUCAAGGGCCAGCGACAGACCCUCCUGUUCAGUGCCACGAUGCCCAAGAAGAUCCAGAACUUCGCCAAGAGCGCCCUGGUGAAACCCGUCACCAUCAACGUGGGCCGGGCAGGGGCCGCCAGCUUGGAUGUCAUCCAGGAAGUGGAGUAUGUGAAGGAGGAGGCCAAGAUGGUGUACCUGCUGGAGUGCCUACAGAAGACACCCCCGCCUGUGCUGAUCUUUGCGGAGAAGAAGGCCGAUGUGGACGCCAUCCACGAGUACCUGCUGCUCAAGGGAGUGGAGGCUGUGGCCAUCCAUGGGGGCAAAGACCAGGAGGAGCGCACCAAGGCCAUCGAGGCGUUCCGGGAUGGCAAGAAGGACGUGCUGGUGGCCACUGACGUGGCAUCCAAAGGCCUGGACUUCCCAGCCAUCCAGCACGUCAUCAACUACGACAUGCCCGAGGAGAUCGAGAACUAUGUUCACCGGAUCGGCCGUACCGGGCGCUCGGGGAACACCGGCAUCGCCACCACCUUCAUCAACAAGGCCUGCGAUGAGUCGGUGCUAAUGGACCUGAAAGCUCUCCUGCUGGAGGCCAAGCAGAAGGUACCCCCCGUCCUCCAGGUGCUGCACUGUGGCGACGAGUCCAUGCUGGACAUCGGAGGAGAGCGAGGCUGUGCCUUCUGCGGAGGCCUGGGCCACCGCAUCACCGACUGCCCCAAGCUGGAGGCCAUGCAGACCAAGCAGGUCAGCAAUAUUGGCCGCAAGGACUACUUGGCCCACAGCUCCAUGGACUUCUGAGCCCCCGAGAGCUGGCGCCGAGGCCUCGGGGACCCCGCCCCGGGCCGGUGCCCAUGCCACAGCCGAGAACUCCGCUUGUUCCUGCCCACCCCAGCCCCCUCCCUGUCCAUUAAAGAGGAGGAGUGGCUGGCA